AGCACAAGCUACAAACUACUUUUGCCUUCCAGGAGCUAAGCCAGUUGUGAUUUUCGGGAAAGAAGACUUUUUCAAGAGCUCUGCAGAACUUUUCAAGUUCACUUCAUCCCAUUGGGCCGUUUUGCCUUUGAGGAAUGAUUGCAUUGUGUUUUUCAUGCAGUCUUCUGAUGGAUAUCUGCUGUUUCAAGCAACUGCCAUCCUGCGUACUGUCUAGAUAUGCCUACUAUGUUUGCUGAAAGAAGGGGAGACUACUCAAAUUCAAAAGGAAAUUUUCCUGGAUUUUUAGCAAGAUUUUUAGGUUGUUUUUGGAAAGUAGAUUUCAGCCACGCCUGACUCACAAGCCUUCAGCCAGGAGUCAAUUUUUUCUUUCUGAUUCAGACUGUGGAAUUUCACAUUUACCUGUAUAAAGAGUUUCUGUGAGUUUUCUAUAUUUCCCUUUCCUUACCUGAAAUUUAUAGGUAAGAUUUAGAAUACAUUUUGAUAAUUGAAAUAUUUUGUCCAAGAUUUUUCAAAAAGCUGCUGGUAUUUUUUUUCUCACAGAUUUUUAGAGGCACAACUAUGUUACAGGUUUGCAUACCAGUUUAAAUUUAUGUUUUCUUUCUCUGAUCAAACAGUUUAACUGAUAAAUGUCUGCAGCUUUUCUAUAGAUAUAAUCACAAGCAUGCUUUUUAAUGUUUAGUUGUCUUAAUUUGCAUUUAACUUCUAAAAGGAAACACAUUCUGAGAUUUCUACAGCUAUGAAAUAAAACAGGUGUAUCUGUAGUUGUUUUUCCUGUUUUUUUAGCUUCCAAGUUUUGGAAAACAUCUGAGAAAUGCCUUUUUUAUUUCAUAAAUUUGGGGAGCCACGGACUAUAUUUUCUGUAUUAAAAAUGACAAACCGCUGGAAAAUUCCAACUUAAAGUUUAAUUCAACAAAGUGAGUGAGGCGCAGGCAUUGGAGGCAUGCAAUUAUGAAUAAAAGAUCAAACAGAUGACAAUGAGUAAGAAAAACCAGGUUUGCAUUCAAAUGCCUAAAUGCAAGUACAUGCAUGGUUACUCUGUGCUUUAAUGUGUGGCAUAAAUAGAAGAAAAAGACAAAAGUAGUUGGCAUUAACGGAGAAAAGAAUAUAUGAAAAAAAUUCAAUUUUCAGGAGUCAACAAGAGCUGCUAAGGUCAUCUGAUAUCGGGUUUGAUCCUGUUUGCCAUCCUAGGAACUAAACACCUGAAAGGAUUUGAGCAGCUGAUAUUGUCUUCCAUGGGGGACUGUCUAAAAUCAGGUAUAGCAGUCUUACUAGAAGAAACCAAGAGCUCUUCAUACCAUAUGCUAUUCAUACCCCAUUGGUUUUGCUCACUAUGUCUGAAUUUAUCUGGAGGAGGAGGAGGAGAAGGAAGACCUGAUCUGGGGUUCUUAUAAUCUUGUGAAGCUCAAGGAUUUUACAAACACGUGGCAUGAAGAAACUUUGAGGAAAGCCUGGAAGAAGCUCCAGGUAACUAUCCUUUGCUUCUUGUUUGCCCCAUUGACUGCCGUUGCACAGAGGGCUAUAAUCCUCAACAAUUUUACCAGUUGUUGGAACCUGCUGGUGGGGUGAGGACACAUUCCUGAGCAGUAUGUGUGGCCAGAGCACACUGCUGCAGCUGGGAGCAUGAGUGUUGGCCCCCAGCUACAGCUGGCAGUCCUCUGGCCUUGGCUGCUAAUGGCUAUGCUGCAGAUACGACUAGGCUAUUCGGGACUGGCACUGGUGGCAGCAAUGGAAGCCGAGCGGACUUUGGCCCAGAAGGCAAUAAUUCGGGUAAUUCCUUUCAAACUGGAACCCCUCACACUGGAAGGAGUCUUUGCUAGCAUUGCAGAGAUCACCCCUGCUGAAGGCAAACUGUUGCAGUUCCACCCCCUGUCUUUGUGUAAUACCAGCGAGGAUGAACAUACAGUUCCAGGAUUUGUCUCCAUUGUCAAACUGGAAAGGCCUGAGCGGGAUCUCCGGCCAUGCCUGUCAUUGGCCAAUAAGGCAAAACUGGCAGGCGAGAGGGGAGCUCGGGCUGUUCUUUUUGACAUUACAGAUGACCAGAGUGCUGCUGACCAGUUGAAGAAGCCUCAAGAGCUAAGUUAUCCUGUUGUUCUGAUCUGGGGCCACAAUGCUGAACUUCUCAUGAGAGUAGUGAACAAUAACCGUGAAGCCCAUGUGAAGAUUGAGGUGAAGGAAAUGCCAGCUUGGCCAGAAUAUGAUGUUUGGAUACUCCUCACUGUUGUGGGUACCGUACUGGUCAUUGUUGUAGUCUUCUUCGUUCGCACUCGUUGUCAGCCAAGCAGAAAUCAGACCAAUGUGCAGGAAGCAACCAUACAAGCAAUCAACCGGAUGGCCAUACGGAGGUAUCAAAACCCCCAUCGGCAUGCCCCAACGGGGGACUCGGUUAGCACCUGCAGUUCUCCUCCCAUAUGUGCAAUCUGUUUGGAAGAAUUUUGUGAGGGGCAGGAACUACGGAUCAUCACCUGUUCCCAUGAGUUCCAUCGGCAGUGUGUGGACCCUUGGCUCCAGCAGCACCAAACAUGUCCAUUAUGCAUGUUCAACAUUGUUGAUCGGAUUCCCCCUACUUUACCCAGGCAAUCUCGUGAGGACCGACACAAUUCUGGAUCUAGACAGAGGCCUCAUUUAUUCCGGCAACGACCAGGGCAUGCCUUGUACCACUUCUCACGAACUGUCCCUCAAAUGCCCUCCAGGAACUGCUCUUCAGUUGGCUCCCGUGGCCAGCCUUUUUUCCACUCUCCUGAACUCUCCCAGUUGGAUUUUGGAACUAUGCAUUACUUGCCCUAUAGGCCAAUUGGCCUUGAGCCUUGGUGUAGCCACCAAGCUCCUCUCAGCAGAAGCCUGUUACGUUCUCAGCAUCACCUGGAGUCCCCAGUAGUGUGUGAGCCAGCCCUGCCCCCUCAUAGGCUGUGCCUGCUUCAACACCAGCCGUCUUGCCAAGGUCUCCGGGCUCCCCUUGCAGCUCAGAUAAAUCAUGCUGUUCCUUUACACCGAGGACUUCGCCAUGGGAGGCAUCACCAUCACCACAGUAGUGGUUCUGGGGAGAGUUAUCUUACAGAACCCAGUGGAUACCUUCCUGAUGGCCCUGGUAGUGACUCCAGUUCAGGUCCUUGCCACGGCAGCUCCAGUGACUCCAUGUUGAAUUGCACUGACAUCAGUCUUCAGGCUAUCCAUGGCAGUUGCUCUACUUUUCAUAGCUCCCUGAGCAGUGAUUAUGAUCCGUUCACCUUCUGUGGUUCAGAGAAGUUGACCACAGAAAACAAACAAGAUUCUUCUUCAUCUGGGAAGGAUUCGCAACUUCAGUCAGUAGACUCAAUGGUAACAAGUAGAGCACAACUAGCCAGUAAACAUGUCCACUAUCAUCACCAUCACCACAGGCAUCACCAUUAUGGGCAGAAACCUUCCAACUGUCCAAGUGGCAGAUCAAACCAAGAGUCUAACUUACGCAAGAUGAAAUAUUCCAGGACAAAGGUAGGGUCACAAAACAUCUCAGUACCAAAAAGGAGAGAGAAAAUGCAAAUGCUAGAUCUUUCUAGGCAAGGACACACUGAACUGUAUUUGGCAGAUGGGUCUGACAUUAACAUGACAGCCAGUAGCCAAGCUGGAUCUAUUGGACUGUGGGGUACUCAGAAACAGCAUGCGCAAAUCCAUCCAGGUAGAAGGAGAUGGAAGUGUCCUCUUGAGACGUCACCUGAGGACUCCAGCACAACCCUGGAAUGCAGAAUUGCUAGCCAUCCUGGUGGUUCUUCUAGAAACCAGGGUUCCUCAGAAAUUCAACCUCUUUUAGUAGGUGGUCCUCCUGCACAUAAUUUUGCAGCCUUGCCGGGGGUAUCAAAAUGCCUAACUCCAUGUUUUACCAUGGAGACCCAGGAAAAAAGGGACACGCUGGGACAAUUGGAUUGUGAACACAUGUUUCCAGAAGAAUGUUCAGACGUGGAUGCAAAAAGAAGCAGUACAAGCUCUUACCUCAAUAAUAGAAUUCUGCAAAAUCUUCAGGGAUCUACAGAAGAUAUCCCCAAUGUGUAUGAACAUUCAGUUUGAUGUGAGGUGAACUUUAUCAGACAGCCUAAGAGAAGAGACCAGAAACUCAGUGAGAAUGUGCUUUCUUACAAACUCUUCAUGCCUCUUUUGUUGGCUUACUAAAUUUUCUGUCCAGACAAUUCAACCCACAAGUGGUCACCUGCCUGUCAGAACUAUAAGCUGCCAAUGUCACUUGCAUUGUUUUGGGAAGCUGCCACCUUGAAGACUUUUUUCAUUUAGGAGGAUCUUUACUGUUCAUAUCGUUCCUUAAGGAGAGUGGAGUAAAAUCAUUCAAAAUUUCUAAGGGAAAAAAGAGCCACCAUCAAGUUCACUUACAUUUGCUUUUUACAUUUGCAAAAUAGAAUGCAGGAACAACCCUACACUUUCCCCCAAUUCCAAGAGCAUGUAUGAUAUGCAGGUUGAAAUUAGACAGAGGAAUCAUUCCAUUCUUUUCCUGCUAUUUUUUUUCUUCUGAUGUGCCUAUCAGUCUUGGUUCAAGAGGAAUGUAGUUUGCAAGAUCCAAAUUCUCUUCCCCAUCCUCAGCAACAUAGGAAUGUUGUUAAUGCUCAGUUUGCCAAAAUAUCUAGAAGGAGCAUAUCUCCUUCCCUUCUGAAUACUGUCUGCUACAUCAGAUAAUAGCAUGGGAGAAUUCCAAAUCUGCCUCAUGUGAAUUACAGCUGUUGGCUGUACCAACUGAAAUGCCUGAUCCUUGAGGAGCAAAAAGACCAAAUAGCACUAAUUGAUUGUUAUUUGAUUUGUACCAUUUAGAAAACUGAAUUGAAAAAUGGCAGAUAGGAAUAUUUCAGGAUGCCAUAAACUAACAACAUCUGUUAACUACAGUACAAAACCCAGUUCUCCACACAACUUUCAGCCCUAGAUUGGUACUGAUAUGGAGGGAAGAGAUUUUCAGAGGCUGGAUUUGGACCAAGAAUCUCUGUGUAGCUUCUUAAAAUUGUCAAAAAAUAAACUACCCCCCACCCCACAAGCCCCAAAAGGGAUUCUCAGACAUUUCCCGGUGUCUUUGCCAUGAUAGGGCCAAGAUUUCCGUUUUUCUCGGAGUAGCCCUAAUCAAAGAUUUAAACCCUUCUCUUUAAUCCUCACAUCCAGCACUCUCCACAACAUAUCCCACAAUAUUAUUUUCUCUUCUUCCUCCUUCCUCCUCCUCCUCAGUAUCCAAUUGUGAAUAGGUAACAAUUCCCAUCUGAAGACAGUCAUGCUGCACUUUACAUGUGGAAGACAAAGAGCUGAAGUUUGUGAAAUUAGAGUUAAUAUGUCCAGGUAUCUUUUUUUUCUCUUUGAGUGAAUACAGGCAAGCGGUUUGGUAACUGGCACGUCUAAAACACCUCAUCCUGAGGCCUAAUUGAAUAGCAAUACUGUGAUAAGUUGCUAAUUGAUAAAUGUAAUCUGUAGUCAAACAGCAAGCUUUGGGAUACUAAUACGGUACUGUUGUGAAUGUGGCAAAUUAGAGAUGUAGCUAAGGAUAUUUUUCUGAUUUAAAAUACUCUGGCAUUUUAGGUACAUCCAUGCACUGGUUUAAAUCUGACUGAGAAUAAUCAGCAUGCUUACCAAACUAAUAGUCCUGGAUUCUCUGGGGAGAAACUGUAUCAGUUGAAUUGGCAUAAAGGGUGAUACAAAUCUUUAGAUAUACUCAGAAUCUCACUGACUAUACAAGACCAUUAACUCCUGAAGCAUUGCAAACAUUCAUCCUUUGGGUAAGAUUUUGAACGGGACAUAAAAUGAAAAUGAUUUAUGAUUAAAAUGAUUCCUUUCUAAAGAACCCACCAAAGGUCAAACAGAGAUUUUUGUGAUGUGAGCAAGGAAACCAAGAACUGUGUACUUAUUACUGUCGCUUUCCUCAUAAUGCAUUGCAACUAAUGAAAGGGGACCAAGUUGGCCAGGGAUGUAUCUUUAAAAUGUUUUUAGGAUUAAUGGAAAUCCAAAAUAUAUACCUGGAGUUUAUUAUUUUUAUUCAUUUCAUAUUUGAUCAAAUAAUAUAAGGAAAAUGUUGAUCAGGUUAUGUGCAUCCGUGAUAUUAAUGAAUUGGAGGUAGAAAGAGGGAGAAGAUGGAGAGCUUGUUUGGCAUGCAAAAAGUAACAGAUUCAAACCAUAGCAUUUCCAGGAUGAGCUGAGUAUGUAUGGUCCCUGAUCUAUAGUGCUUUCCAAGAUUUAAAUCAGAAUUGCUGAGCUAUCUGGGCUUGAUAGUAUGGUGGUGUGUCUGGAAAUUCUGGUGAUUAUAAUCCUACGCCAUCUGGAGAAUAUUAGGUUGAGGAACUAUUAUAGGUGAUAUUGAUGAGAUUAGAUCAGUGAUUAAUGCAGGUUAAAAAAAAAGCCUGAAAAUUCACAGAAAUUGCUGACAGAUACAUCUUUUGAUGAAUAGUCAUCCAAAAAUUGGAUGUGAACUUAGAGACAUAUUCAUGGAUAAAGAAGGUUAAUGGCACGUAGGUGCUAGAAAGCUGUAAAUGCAAGAAAACAACAUUUUAUGCAAAAUAGGGAA